AUGGUGGUGGAUGAGGUCAAGAAAGAUGAAGUAGAAGAAAAGGAAGUGUCCAAAGAAGAAAGUGAAAAGGUAAAGGAAAGGGAAGAAGAUAGGGACUCGGGCAUCGAUGUGGAGCUCUCAGACGCCGAAAAAGAUAUGGAACAAAAAGAAGUCGACGAACAGCUCUCACCUAAGGAGACUCCCGUCAAGGAGAAAGCACCGAAGAGGAUUAGUAUUGAGGAAUUGGUGACAUCAACCAAGUCAACUGUCAAGAAGGAGGAGGAGGAAGCAGACGAUGAGGAUGAUGAACCACCAAGAAGGUCAACACGUAGAAGGUCGGCAAAGCCUUCGAUUCUCCCAACAACUGUCGAGGAAGAGGAGGAAGAGGAGAAAGAGGGAGGCGAUCUAUUAAAGCGAAGACCAUCCAAGUCCACAAUUAAAGAAGAUGAUGAGGUAGAGAGCGAGAAGGAAACUGAGAAGGAAGAGAAGAAAGAAAAGAAAAAACUAUUACGACGCAAGGCUAAGGUCGAGGAGGCAGAUUCUGAGGUAUCCGAGAACGAAGAUGAGAAGAAGCCAAAGAAGAAGGUGGUCAAGGAAGAAGUAAAGGAAGUAAAGGAAGAAACAAAGGAAGAAGUAAAGGAAGAAGUGAAGAUUGAGGCAGAGGAGGAGAGAAAGGUGGAGAUCGUCGAGACAGACAAGAUGGAGGAGGACACAGAAGAGGUUCUACGUCACAUCUUGGAAGACACCGAUAUGAGCACAGACGAGGAUUACGUUCCAGCUGUCGAAGAACAGACACAACUAAUCAAAGAUUCGGUUAUUGUCGACAGCCACGCUGAAGAGGAUGUGACAAUGAGUGAAGACGAAGACAUGGCUGAGCAAAUCAUUGAAGACAUCAGCGCAGAACAACUACAGAACGAGGCUAAACAAGGGACUCAUCAGACAAACAAAGCAGAAGAGUCCAAAGACAUCGAGACCACUGAUGUAGUCGUCGAGGACUCUCCUCCUCAGGUCCCCACCAUUGAUGUCAAGAAGACAAUAAGGCGUCUAGUACUUGCGCCAUCAAGGUUGGAUGAGUUUGAGAUCACAAAAAUGAUUUCAUCAGCACCCAAAACCCCGAGAACACCUCGAAGCCCGAGUGUGUCUCGUUUCAACAUCACCAUGUCUAAAGCGCCCCGCAAGCUUGAACCUAUUCUCUCUCCCAGAAGGAAGAAGUUUGGCAAAUCCGAAGAUCUCACCCCUCAUUGGACGGCGAAGAGACUGGCCGCCAAAAAAAGACAUUUCCUGCCAUUCAACCCCGCAAAUAUCUCAAGACAUGCGUACAGAGAUCCCAUCAGCGAUGAGGAUCAUUUGACAACGCGCAAAAGCUUUUGGGAGGAUGAAGACGUAGAAGAUGUGUAUGUCGAUGACCAAUAUCUACGUAUGGAUUGGCCUCUUAAGACUUGGGGCGGCAACUGGAUGGCCGAAAACGGGGGUGCAUUGAUCGAGUUUUGUGUUAGGAAACUCGAGGGUUUCAACAUGGCUUGGUAA